GCGCUGGCCGGGCCCUAGGACGCGGAGCCCGCCCGGCGGCGCGGAUGCGGAGCCCGCCCGCCCGAGAUCAAAGCCCCCGGUGCUCUCUUUGUGUCCGCUCGGGAUUCGGCGCCCCGGGGCUGCCCAUGGACACCUAGACUGCUGGGACCGCGGCACAGAGCCUCCCUUCGGCCGCUCGCUCUUUUCGGGGGGGCAGGGUGGCCGCUCCGACCUGGAUUUACCGCUCUUGGCCCCCCGAGGCCCCCCCGAGCGGGGGGCGGCGGUGAUCGCUCUGGCGGUUGGAGGUCGGGGAGCGGCCCGGGCUCUGGCCAUGUUCUCGGAUGAGGAUUUCUGGAUCGCCCUAUGAAGAGGUCUCCCCGAGAGGGCCCUGCCCAGUCGGAGAGAGGGAUGGACAGCCAGAAGCAGCCUGGUGAGGACAAAGAUUCAGAACCUGCAGCCGAUGGACCUGCGGCCUCUGAGGAUCCGGGCGCUACUGAGCCAGACCUUCCCAAUUCACAUGUCGGGGAGGUCCCUGAACCCAGUUCUGGGAGUCCCGGACUUCAGGAGCCUCCCCGUGACUGCAGUGGGGGUCUGAUGCGGCGUUGUGCUCUCUGUAACUGUGGGGAGCCCAGUCUGCAUGGGCAACGGGAACUACGGCGCUUCGAGUUGCCGUUUGACUGGCCCCGGUCUCCAGUGGUGGCUCCUGGUGGGAACACAGGGCCCGAGAAGGCUGUGCUGCCCAGUGAGGACCUACCACAAAUUGGUUUCCCCGAGGGCCUUACACCUGCCCACCUAGGAGAACCGGGAGGGUCCUGCUGGGCACAUCAUUGGUGUGCUGCAUGGUCAGCAGGUGUGUGGGGACAGGAAGGCCCAGAACUCUGUGGUGUGGACAAGGCCAUCUACUCAGGGAUCUCACAGCGCUGCUCCCACUGCACCAGGCUCGGUGCCUCCAUCCCUUGCCGCUCACCGGGAUGUCCACGGCUUUACCAUUUCCCCUGCGCGACUGCCAGCGGCUCCUUCUUAUCCAUGAGGGCUCUGCAGCUGCUCUGCCCGGAGCACCGUGAGGGAGCUGCGCAUUUGGAGGAGGCUCGCUGUGCAGUAUGUGAGGGUCCAGGGGAGUUGUGUGACUUAUUCUUCUGUACCAGCUGCGGGCAUCACUAUCAUGGGUCCUGCUUGGACACAGCUCUGACUGCCCGCAAACGUGCUGGUUGGCAGUGUCCUGAAUGCAAAGUGUGCCAAGCCUGCAGGAAACCUGGGAAUGAUCCUGAGAUGCUGGUCUGUGAGACAUGUGACAAAGGAUACCAUACUUUCUGCUUAAAACCACCCAUGGAGGAGCUACCUGCUCACUCUUGGAAGUGUAAAGCAUGCCGGGUAUGUCGGCUCUGUGGAGCAGGUUCAUCAGAGCUGAAUCCCAACUCUGAGUGGUUUGAGAACUACUCACUUUGUCACCGCUGCCACAAAGCCCAAGAAGGUCAGCCUGGUGGUGCUGCUGUUGAGCAGUAUCCCUCUGUCUGUAGCAAAUUUUCAGCCCCAGAGCCUGGUGAUAUUCCCACUGAUAGGCCUGAUGCUCUGUACGUUACAUGCUGUGAGCGGCCGAAGGGUGGGCAUGUGACUUCUAUGCAACCCAAGGAACUGGGGUCCCUGCAGUGUGAAGCCAGACCACUAGGGAAAGCAGGGGCCCAACUCGAGUCUUGGUCGGAGGCCCCACUACCUGAGGAGAAGCCACUGCUGCCCUUGCCUGAGGAGUCGCCCCUUUCCCCACCACCUGAGGAGUCGCCCACAUCCCCACCACCUGAGGCCUCACGCCUGUCUCCACCACCUGAGGAGUCACUUGCGUCCCCACCACCUGAGGUGUCAUGCUUGUCCUUGCUGCCUGAAGAGUCACCCCUCUCUCCACCUCCUGAGGAGUCUCCUCUGUCUCCCCCUCCUGAAUCAUCAUCAUUUUCUCCACCGGAGGAGUCGCCCUUCUCUCCAGCAAAAGAGUCACCUGCAUCUCCUGUGCUUGAGACACCCUUGUCCCCACCACCAGAAGCAUCAUCCCUGUCCCCAUCAUUUGAGGAGUCCCCCCUGUCUCCUCCACCUGAGGAGUUGCCCACCUCCCCACCACCUGAAGCAUCUCGCAUAUCUCCACCACCUGAGGAGUCACCCAUGUCCCCUCCACCUGAAGAGUCGCCCAUGUCUCCACCACCCGAAGCAUCUCGUCCAUUCCCACCAUUUGAAGAGUCUCCCCUGUCCCCUCCACCUGAGGAGUCUCCCCUGUCUCCACCUCCUGAGGCAUCACGCCUGUCCCCACCCCCUGAAGACUCACCCAUGUCUCCACCGCCUGAAGACUCGCCUAUGUCCCCCCCACCUGAAGUGUCACGCCUGUCCCCCCUACCUGAGGUGUCACACUUGUGUCUACCACCUGAGGAAUCUCCCCUGUCUCCACCCCCUGAGGAAUCUCCCACAUCACCUCCACCUGAAGCUUCACGCCUGUCACCCCCACCUGAGGAUUCCCCCACAUCCCUGCCACCAGAAGACUCACCUGCCUCACCACCACCGGAGGACUCAGUCCUGUCCCUACCACCAGAGGAGUCAUCCCUGUCACCACUGCCUAAAGAGCUGAGACUCUGCCCCCAUCCUGAGGAGCCACACGUGUCCCCCCAGCCUGAGAAGCUACAUGUGUCCCCCCAUCCUGAGGAGCCACAUGUGUCCCCCCAGCCUGAGGAACCCCUGCACUGCACCCAGCGUGAGGAGCCAUGCCUGACCUCUGAGCUGGAGGAGCCGAGUUUGCUGUCUCAGCCUGAGGAGCUAUGCCUGUCCCCUGUGCCUGAGAAACCACACUUGUCCCCCCAGCCUGAGAAACCACACUUGUCCCCCCAGCCUGAGGAACCACACUUGUCCCCUCAGUCUGAGGAACUGCGCUUAUCCCCUCAGCCUGAGGAGCUAUGCCUGUCUUACCUUAAGGAGCCCCACUUGUCCCCCACACCUGAGGAGCCAUGCCUGUCCCCCAAGCCUGAGUUACCGCGUGGGUCCCCCCAGCCGGAGGAGUCUCCCGAGGUGCCAGGCCAGUGCCCCCCACCUGAGGAAUUGUCCUUGUUCCCCCAACCUGGGAAGCCACUCUUAUCCCCUUUGCUUGGAGAGCCGGCCCUGUCUGAGCCUGGGGAACCACCGCUAUCCCCUCUGCCUGAGGAGCUAAGCUUGUCCCCAUCAGGAGAGCCAUCGUUGUCACCUCAGCUGAUGCCACCAGAUCCUCUUCCUCCUCCACUCUCACCCAUUAUUCCAGCUUCGGCCCCACCGCCUCUGUCUCCUUUGGGGGAAUUAGAGUAUCCCUUUGGUGCCAAAGGGGACAGUGACCCUGAGUCACCCUUGACUGCCCCAAUCCUAGAGACACCCAUCAGCCCUCCUCCGGAAGCCAACUGCACUGACCCAGAACCUGUGCCCCCAAUGAUCCUGCCCCCUUCUCCAGGUUCCCCAACAGGACCUGUGUCCCCCAUCCUGUUGGAGCCCCUCCACCCACAGUGUUCUCCACCCCUUCAGCAUUCCUUACCUCCCCCAAACACAGCUCCUCCCCACUGCUCUCCACCUGCUCCGCCACUGUCUGUUCCCUCCCCAUUGAGUCCCUUGGGGAAGCCAGUGGAGGUCCCAGAAGAGCCUGAGUCACAUGCAAUGGAUGUGGAGAAGGACCUUGAGCCUGAAUGCCCAGCUUUGGAACCCAGUGCCACCAGCCCCCUCUGCUCCCUCACCAUGGAUCUAUCCUGUCCUGCUCCUAGCCCUGCCCCUGCCCUGGACGACUUUUCUGGCUUGGGGGAAGACACAGCCCCUCUCAAUGGGACUGACGCACCUAGUUCACAGCCAGAGACUGGGCAGACCCCUGGCAGUUUGGCUAGUGAAUGUAAAGAUUCCCCUGUGCUUCUCGACCCAGAGGAGCUGGCCCCUGUGACCCCUAUGGAGGUCUAUGGCCCCGAAUGCAAGCAGGCAGAGCAGGGCUCAUCUUGUGAGGAGCAGGAGGAGCCUCGUGCACCAGUGGCCCCCAUACCACCUACUCUCAUCAAAUCCGACAUUGUAAAUGAGAUCUCCAAUCUGAGCCAGGGUGAUGCCAGUGCCAGUUUUCCUGGUUCCGAGCCCCUGCUGGGCUCUCCUGACCCUGAGGGCGGCGGCUCUCUGUCCAUGGAGCUGGGGGUAUCUACAGAUGUUAGUCCAGUCCGAGAUGAGGGCUCCCUGCGGCUCUGUACUGACUCCCUGCCGGAGACCGAUGACUCACUACUGUGUGACGCUGGGACAGCUAUCGGUGGAGGCAAAGCCGAAGGGGACAAAGGCCGACGGCGUAGCUCCCCAGCCCGGUCCAGAAUCAAACAGGCUCGAAGCAGUAGUUUCCCAGGAAGGCGCCGGCCUCGUGGAGGAGCACACGGAGGACGUGGGAGGGGCCGGGCCCGGCUAAAAUCCACUACUUCUUCCGUUGAGACUCUGGUAGUGGCUGAUGUUGAUGGAUCUCCCAGUAAGGAGGAGGAAGACGAGGAGGAUGACACCAUGCAGAAUACUGUGGUUCUCUUCUCCAAUACGGACAAAUUUGUUCUGAUGCAGGACAUGUGUGUGGUGUGUGGCAGCUUUGGCCGGGGCGCGGAGGGCCACCUCCUCGCCUGCUCACAGUGCUCGCAGUGCUAUCACCCUUACUGUGUCAGCAGCAAGAUCACCAAGGUGAUGCUGCUGAAAGGCUGGCGCUGUGUGGAGUGUAUCGUGUGUGAGGUCUGCGGCCAGGCCUCCGACCCCUCGCGUUUGCUGCUCUGUGAUGACUGUGAUAUUAGCUACCACACGUACUGCCUGGAUCCCCCUCUACUCACCGUGCCCAAGGGUGGCUGGAAGUGCAAGUGGUGCGUAUCUUGUAUGCAGUGUGGGACUGCCUCCCCUGGCUUCCACUGUGAGUGGCAGAAUAGUUAUACCCACUGUGCACCCUGUGCAAGCCUGGUGACCUGUCCUGUCUGUCACGCUCCGUAUGUGGAAGAGGACCUGCUGAUCCAGUGCCGCCACUGUGAACGGUGGAUGCAUGCUGGCUGUGAGAGCCUUUUCACUGAGGAUGAUGUGGAGCAAGCGGCUGAUGAGGGGUUUGACUGUGUUUCCUGCCAGCCCUACGUGGUAAAGCCUGUGGCACCAGUUGCCCCUCCAGAAUUGGUGCCUAUGAAGGUGAAAGAACCAGAGCCCCAGUACUUUCGCUUUGAGGGCGUAUGGCUGACAGAAACUGGCAUGGCUGUGCUGCGUAACUUGACCAUGUCGCCACUGCACAAGCGGCGCCAGCGGCGGGGACGGUUGGGCCUCCCAGGCGAGGCAGGACUGGAGGGUUCUGAGCCCUCAGAUGCCCUUGGCCCUGAUGACAAGAAGGAUGGGGACCUGGACACCGAUGAACUGCUCAAGGGAGAAGGUGGAGUGGAGCAUAUGGAGUGUGAAAUUAAACUGGAGGGCCCUGCUAGCCCUGAUGUGGAACCUGGCAAAGAAGAGACUGAAGAAAGCAAGAAGCGCAAGCGCAAACCUUAUCGGCCUGGUAUCGGUGGUUUCAUGGUGCGACAGCGGAAAUCCCAUACACGUGUGAAAAAGGGGCCUGCUGCACAGGCGGAGGUGUUGAGUGGGGAUGGGCAGCCCGACGAGGCAGUGCCUACUGACCUGCCUGCUGAGGGCGCCACAGAGCAGGGCGUGCCUGAUGGGGACGAGAAGAAGAAGCAGCAGCGGCGAGGGCGCAAGAAGAGCAAACUUGAGGACAUGUUCCCCACCUACCUGCAGGAAGCAUUCUUUGGGAAGGAGCUGCUGGACCUCAGCCGGAAGGCCCUUUUUGCAGUUGGGAUGGGCCGGCCAAGUUUUGGGCUAGGAACCCCCAAAGCCCGGGGAGAUGGAAGCUCAGAAAGGAAGGAGCUCCUCACUUUGCAGAAAGGAGAUGAUGGUCCAGAUGUUGCAGAUGACGAAUCCCGCGGCCUGGAGGGCAUGGCAGAUACACCAGGACUUGAGGAUGGGGGUGUAAAGGCAUCCCCAGUGCCCAGUGACCCUGAGAAGCCAGGCACCCCAGGAGAAGGGAUGCUUAGUUCUGACUUAGACAGGAUUUCCACAGAAGAACUGCCCAAGAUGGAGUCCAAGGACCUGCAGCAGCUCUUCAAGGAUGUUCUGGGUUCUGAGCGAGAGCAGCCCCUGGGCUGUACAACCCCCGGCCUGGAAGGCAGUCGCACCCCGCUGCAGAGGCCCUUUCUCCAAGGUGGACUCCCUUUGGGCAAUCUGCCUUCCAGCAGUCCAAUGGACUCCUACCCAGGCCUCUGCCAGUCUCCAUUCCUGGAUUCUAGGGAGCGCGGGGGCUUCUUUAGCCCAGAACCCGGUGAGCCAGACAGCCCCUGGACAGGCUCAGGGGGCACCACGCCCUCCACACCCACUACCCCCACCACGGAGGGUGAAGGCGAUGGGUUGUCCUAUAACCAGAGGAGCCUGCAGCGCUGGGAGAAGGACGAAGAGUUGGGUCAGCUCUCUACCAUCUCACCUGUACUCUAUGCCAACAUCAACUUUCCUAAUCUCAAGCAAGAUUACCCAGACUGGUCUAGCCGAUGCAAACAAAUCAUGAAGCUCUGGAGAAAGGUUCCAGCUGCUGACAAAGCCCCCUACCUGCAAAAGGCCAAAGAUAAUCGGGCAGCUCACCGCAUCAACAAGGUGCAGAAGCAGGCCGAGAGCCAGAUCAACAAGCAGACCAAGGUGGGCGACGUAGCCCGUAAGACUGAUCGACCGGCUCUCCAUCUCCGCAUUCCCCCCCAGCCAGCGGCACUGGGCAGUCCACUCCCUGCUGCGGCCCCCACCAUUUUCAUUGGCAGCCCCACUACCCCUGCCGGCUUGUCUACCUCUGCGGACGGGUUCCUGAAGCCGCCAGCGGGCACAGUGCCCGGCCCCGACUCCCCUGGUGAGCUCUUCCUCAAGCUCCCACCCCAGGUGCCCGCCCAAGUGCCUUCGCAGGACCCCUUUGGACUGGCCCCUGCCUACGCCCUGGAGCCCCGCUUCCCUGCGGCACCACCUACCUACCCUCCUUACCCCAGUCCAGCUGGGGCCCCCGCGCAGCCCCCGAUGCUGGGUGCUUCGUCUCGUCCUGGGACUGGCCAGCCAGGGGAACUCCACACCACUCCUCCUGGCACCCCCCGACACCAGCCCUCCACGCCUGACCCCUUCCUUAAGCCCCGCUGCCCCUCCCUGGAUAAUUUGGCUGUGCCUGAGAGCCCAGGGGUGGUGGGGGGCAAGGCUUCUGAGCCCCUGCUCUCACCACCGGCUUUUGGGGAGACCCGGAAGGUGUUGGAGGUGAAGAAGGAAGAGCUUGGGGCAUCCUCUCCUAGCUACGGGCCCUCAAACCUAGGUUUUGUGGACUCGCCCUCCUCAGGCCCCCACCUGGGUGGCCUGGAGUUAAAGGCACCUGACGUCUUCAAAGCCCCUUUGACCCCUCGGGCUUCUCAGGUAGAGCCGCAGAGCCCAGGCCUGGGUCUUCGGCCCCAGGACCCAUCCCCUGCCCAGGCGCUGGCCCCCUCUCCGCCGAGCCAUCCAGACCCCUUUCGCCCAGGUCCUUACCCGGACCCCUAUGCCCAGCCUCCACUGACCCCAAGGCCCCAGCCCCCACCCCCGCCCUCUGAGAGCUGCUGCGCUCUACCCCCUCGCUCGCUGCCUUCCGAGCCUUUCUCUCGCGUCCCGGCCAGUCCUCAGUCCCAGUCCAGCUCCCAGUCCCCCCUUACUCCCCGUCCUCUGUCAGCAGAGGCUUUUUGCCCAUCCCCUGUUACUCCUCGCUUCCAGUCCCCUGACCCCUACUCGCGCCCACCCUCACGACCUCAGUCCCGAGACCCAUUUGCUCCAUUGCAUAAGCCACCAAGACCCCAGCCCCCUGAAGUUGCCUUUAAGGCUGGGCCUCUUGCCCACACUCCACUGGGGGCCGGGGGCUUCCCAGCAGCCCUGCCCUCUGGGCCAGUGGGUGAGCUCCAUGCCAAGGUCCCUAGUGGACAGCCCCCAAAUUUUGCCCGCUCCCCUGGGACAGGUGCAUUUGUGGGCACCCCUUCUCCCAUGCGUUUCACUUUCCCUCAGGGUGUAGGGGACCCUUCCCUAAAGCCACCUGUCCCUCAGCCUGGUCUCCCUCCACCUCAUGGGAUCAACAGCCAUUUUGGGCCUGGGCCCACUUUGGGCAAGCCUCAAAGCACAAACUACUCAGUGGCUACCGGGAACUUCCACUCAGUGGGCAGCCCCCUGGGGCCCAGCAGCGGGCCCACAGGGGAGGGCUACGGGCUAUCCCCACUGCGUCCUGCCUCAGUUCUGCCACCACCUGCACCCGAUGGAUCCCUCCCCUUCCUGUCCCAUGGAGCCUCACAACGGGCAGGCAUCACCUCUCCGGGUGAAAAGCGAGAAGACCCAGGGGCUGCAAUGAGUAGCUCCUUGGUGGCACCUGAACUCCCUGGUACCCAGGACCCAGGCAUGUCCAGUCUUAGUCAGACAGAGCUGGAAAAGCAACGGCAGCGCCAGCGACUCCGGGAGCUACUGAUUCGGCAGCAGAUCCAGCGCAACACCUUGCGGCAGGAGAAAGAGACAGCUGCAGCAGCUGCAGGUGCACUAGGACACCCAGCCAGCUGGGGUACAGAGCCCAGCAGCCCUGCCUUUGAACAGCUGAACAGAGGCCAGACUCCAUUCCCUGGGACACAGGACAAGAGCAGCCUAGUGGGCCUAACCCCAAGCAAGCUGGGUGGCCCCAUCCUGGGACCAGGGCCUUUUCCUGGUGAUGACCGGCUUUCCCGACCACCUCCACCAGCCACACCUUCCUCUGUGGAUGUGAAUAGCCGGCAACUGGUAGGAGGCUCCCAGGCCUUCUAUCAGCGAGUGCCCUAUCCUGGAUCCCUGCCCUUACAGCAGCAGCAACAGCAGCAGCUAUGGCAGCAGCAACAGCAGCAACAGCAGCAGCAACAACAGCAGCAGCAGCAACAGCAACAGCAGCAGCAACAGCAGGCAACAGCAGCAACUUCCAUGCGACUCACCAUGUCUACUCGCUUUCCUUCAACUGCUGGACCUGAACUUGGCCGCCAAGCACUUGCUUCCCCUUUGACAGGAAUUCCCACCCGCCUGCCAGGCCCUGCUGAGCCAGUGGCUGGUCCAUCUGGUCCUGCCCAGUUCAUUGAGCUACGGCACAAUGUUCAGAAAGGACUAGGACCUGGAGGGCCUCCAUUCCCUGGUCAGGGCGCCCCUCAGAGGCCCCGUUUUUUCCCUGUAAGUGAGGAUGCCCACCGCCUGGCUCCUGAAGGUCUUCGAGGCCUGGCUGCAUCAAGUCUUCCCUCACAGAAACCCACAGCCCCACCUGCUCCUGAGUUGAACAGUAGCCUCCACUCGACAUCUCACACCAAGGCCCCCGCACUGACGGCUGGCUUAGAUCUGGUCCCCCGACCGCCCACUGGCACUGAGCUGGGCCGUGCCCCUGCCCUGGCCCUGGAAGCUGGGAAGCUGCCCUGUGAGGAUUCUGAGCUGGACGAGGACUUUGAUGCCCACAAGGCCCUGGAGGAUGAUGAGGAGCUUGCCCACCUGGGUCUUGGUGUGGAUGUGGCCAAGGGUGAUGAUGAGCUGGGCACCCUGGAAAACCUGGAGACCAACGACCCUCAUCUGGAUGACCUGCUCAAUGGAGAUGAGUUUGACCUGCUGGCAUAUACGGACCCUGAGCUGGACACCGGGGACAAGAAAGACAUCUUCAAUGAGCACCUAAGGCUGGUGGAAUCGGCAAAUGAGAAGGCCGAGCGGGAGGCCCUGCUUCGGGGUGGGGAGCCAGGACCCUUGGGCCCUGAGGAGCGCCCUCCCCCUGCCAGUGAUGAGUCCCGCCUGGCGUCUGUACUCCCUGAGGUGAAGCCCAAAGUGGAGGAGGGUGGGCGCCACCCUUCCCCUUGCCAGUUCACCAUUACCACUCCUAAGGUAGAGCCAGGACCUGCUGCUGCUUCCCUUGGCCCAGGGCUAAAACCCGGACAGAAUGUGCUGGGCAGCCGGGACACCCGGAUGGGCACAGGGCCAUUUUCUGGCAAUGGGCACACGGCUGAGAAGGGCCCUUUUGGGGCCACGGGAGGCCCACCAGCUCACCUGCUCGCCCCAAGCCCACUAAGUGGCACAGGAGGGUCCUCCUUGCUAGAGAAGCUUGAGCUAGAGAGUGGGGCCUUGACCUUGCCAAGUGGACAUGGAACAUCAGGGGAUGAUCUGGACAAGAUGGAGAGCUCACUUGUGGCCAGUGAGUUGCCCCUACUUAUUGAGGACCUGUUGGAACAUGAGAAGAAGGAGUUGCAGAAGAAACAGCAGCUUUCAGCACAGCUACAGCCUGCCCAGCAGCACCAACAGCAACAGCCACAGCAGCAACAUUCCUUACUGUCCACACCAGGCCCUGCCCAGGCAAUGCCUUUACCACAUGAGGGCUCUUCUCCCAGUUUGGCUGGGCCUCAGCAGCAACUUGCUCUGGGUCUUGGAGGUGCCCGACCAUCAGGUUUGGGCCAACCACUAAUGCCCACCCAUCCACCAGCUCAUGCCCUCCAGCAGCGCCUUGCCCCAACCAUGGCCAUGGUGUCCAACCAAGGGCAUAUGCUAAGUGGACAGCAUGGGGGGCAGGCCGGCUUGGUUCCACAGCAGAGUUCACAGCCAGUACUAGCACAGAAACCCAUGGGCACCAUGCCACCUUCCAUGUGCAUGAAGCCCCAGCAGCUGGUGAUGCAGCAACAGCUGGCCAACAGCUUCUUCCCAGAUACAGAUCUGGACAAAUUUGCUGCAGAAGAUAUAAUUGAUCCCAUUGCAAAGGCCAAGAUGGUAGCUUUGAAAGGCAUCAAGAAAGUGAUGGCUCAGGGCAGCAUUGGGGUGGCGCCUGGUAUGAACAGGCAGCAAGUGUCACUGCUAGCCCAGAGGCUCUCUGGGGGACCUGGGGGUGAUCUGCAGAACCAUGUGGCACCUGGAAGUGGCCAGGAGCGGAAUGCCAGUGACCCCUCCCAGCCUCGCCCCAACCCACCCACUUUUGCCCAGGGAGUUAUCAAUGAGGCGGACCAGCGGCAGUAUGAGGAGUGGUUGUUCCAUACUCAGCAGCUCUUGCAGAUGCAGUUGAAGGUUCUAGAGGAGCAGAUUGGUGUGCAUCGAAAGUCCCGGAAGGCUCUGUGUGCCAAGCAGCGCACUGCCAAAAAGGCUGGCCGUGAAUUCCCAGAAGCUGAUGCUGAGAAGCUCAAGCUGGUUACAGAGCAGCAGAGCAAGAUCCAGAAACAGUUGGAUCAGGUUCGGAAACAGCAGAAGGAGCACACUAAUCUCAUGGCAGAAUAUCGAAACAAGCAACAGCAGCAGCAGCAGCAGCAGCAGCAGCAGCAGCAGCAGCAGCAGCAGCAGCAGCAGCAUUCGGCUGUGCUGGCCCUCAGCCCUUCUCAGAGUCCACGACUCCUCACCAAGCUCCCGGGGCAGCUUCUCCCUGGCCAUGGGCUGCAGCCACCACAGGGUCCCCCGGGUGGGCAAGCUGGAGGCCUUCGCCUGCCUCCUGGGGGUAUGGCACUACCUGGACAGCCUGGGGGCCCGUUUCUUAACACAGCCCUGGCCCAGCAGCAGCAACAGCAGCAACAGCAGUCUGGUGGGGCUGGAUCCUUGGCUGGCCCCUCAGGGGGCUUCUUCCCUGGCAACCUUGCUCUCCGAAGCCUUGGACCUGACUCAAGGCUUUUACAGGAAAGGCAGCUGCAGCUGCAGCAGCAACGCAUGCAGUUGGCCCAGAAACUGCAGCAGCAGCACCUAGGACAGGUGGCAGUCCAGCAACAACAGCAGCAGGGUCCUAGUUUACAGGCAAACCAGGCUCUGGGUCCCAAAUCCCAGGGGCUUCUGCCUCCUGACAGCCACCAGAGCCUUCUGGCCCAGCAGCUAUCCCCUCAGCCACCCCAAGGACCCCGGAGCAUGCUGGGUCCUACCCAGGUAGCAGUGCUACAGCAGCACUCCGGAGCUUUGGGGCCCCAGGGCCCUCCCAGACCGGUGCUCAUGACCCAGUCCCGGGUGCUGAGUUCUCCCCAGCUGGCACAGCAGGGUCAUAGCCUUAUGGGACAUCGACUGGUCACAGCCCAGCAACAACAGCCACAACAGCACCAACAACAGGGACCCAUGGCAGGGCUUUCCCAUCUUCAGCAGGGCCUGAUGUCACACAGUGGGCAGGCCAAACUGAAUGCUCAGCCCCUGGGCUCAUUACAGCAACAGCAGCUACAACAGCAGCAGCAGCAACUUCAACAGCAGCAGCAGCUACAACAGCAGCAGCAACAGCAGCAGCUACAGCAGCAGCAACUGCAACAGCAGCAACAGCAGCAGCUUCAGCAUCAGCAGCAGCUUCAGCAACUGCAGCAGCAGCAGCUACAGCAACAGCUUUUGCAGCAGCAGCAGCAACAGCAGCAGCAGCAGAUGUGCCUCUUGAACCAGACUCGAACUUUGUUAUCUCCUCAGCAACAACAACAGCAGGUGACACUUGGCCCUGGCAUGCCAGCCAAGCCUCUUCAACACUUUUCUAGCCCUGGAGCUCUGGGCCCAACCCUCCUUCUGACGGGCAAGGAACAAAACACUGUAGAGACAGCUCUUCCUUCAGAGCUCACUGAGGGUCCCUCAGCACAUCAGGGAGGGCCAGUAACAGUAGGGCCCGCAUCUGAGUCAGUGGCUACAGAACCAGGGGAGGUAAAACCCUCCCUCUCUGGGGACUCACAACUUCUGCUUGUCCAACCCCAGGCCCAGACUCAGUCCAACUCUUUACAGCUGCAGCCACCUUUGAGACUCCCAGGACAACCACAGCAGCAAGUUAACUUGCUCCACACAGCAGGUGUAGGAAGCCAUGGGCAAGUAGGCAGCGGAUCAUCUUCUGAGGCCUCAUCUGUGCCCCACCUGCUGGCCCAACCCUCUGUUUCUGUAGGGGAGCAGCCCGGGCCCAUGCCCCAGAGUGUUCUGGGCCCCCAACAGCCCCUUGGGCUAGAGCGACCCAUGCAGAAUAAUGCAGGGCCACAGCCUCCCAAACCAGGAUCUGUUCCCCCGUCUGGGCAAGGUCUCUCUGGGGUUGCAAUCACACCAACAGUGGGUCAGCUUCGAGCACAGCUCCAAGGAGUCCUGGCCAAAAACCCACAGCUGCGGCACUUGAGUCCUCAGCAGCAGCAGCAGCUGCAGGCACUACUUUUGCAACGGCAGCUGCAGCAGAAUCAGGCAGUACGCCAGAAUCCACCCUACCAGGAGCCAGGGACCCAGCCCUCACCUCUCCAGGGCCUCCUGGGCUGCCAACCUCAAUCUGGGGGCCUCCCUGGAUCCCAGACAGGCCCUCUCCAGGAGCUAGGGGCAGGGCCUCGACCUCAGGGCCCACCCCGGCUCUCUGUCCCACAAGGAGCCUUAUCCACAGGACCAGGCGUUGGCCCUGUCCAUCCCACACCUCCACCAUCCAGCCCUCAAGAGCCAAAGAGACCUUCACAAUUACCUUCCCCCAGCACACAGCUCACUUCCACCCAUCCAGGCACCCCAAGGCCCCAGGGGCCAGCCUUGGAGCUGCCUCCUGGGAGGGUCUCACCUGCUGCUGCCCAGCUUGCGGAUACCUUCUUUGGCAAGGGGCUGGGACCUUGGGACCCCCCAGACAACCUAGCAGAGGCCCAGAAGCCAGAGCAGUGCAGCCUGGGCCCUGGGCACCUGGAGCAGGUGAAUGGACAAAUGGCACCUGCGCCACCCCAACUCAGCAUCAAGCAGGAGCCUCGGGAAGAACCGUGUGUCCUGGGAGCCCAGGCGGUGAAGAGGGAGGCCAAUGGGGAACCAGUAGGGACAUCAGGUACCAGCAACCACCUCCUGCUGGCAGGCCCCCGCUCAGAAGCUGGGCAUCUGCUCUUGCAGAAGCUUCUGCGUGCAAAGAAUGUGCAACUCAGCGCUGGGCGGGGGCCUGAGGGGCCGCGAGCUGAGAUCAACGGGCACAUUGACAGCAAGCUGGCCGGGCUGGAGCAGAAACUACAGGGAACCCCCAGCAACAAGGAGGAUACAGCAGCAAGGAAGCCUUUGACACCAAAGCCCAAGCGGAUACAGAAAGCAAGCGACAGGUUGGUGAGCUCCCGAAAGAAGCUGCGGAAGGAGGAUGCAGUCAGGGCCAAUGAGGCCUUGCUGAAACAGCUGAAACAGGAGUUGUCCCUACUGCCUCUGACAGAGCCUACCAUCACCGCCAACUUUAGCCUCUUUGCUCCCUUCGGCAGCAGCUGCCCAAUCAGUGGGCAGAGCCAGCUGAGAGGGGCCUUUGGGAGUGGGGCAUUGCCUACUGGCCCUGACUACUAUUCCCAGCUGCUUACCAAGAAUAACCUGAGUAACCCGCCGACACCACCCUCGUCGCUGCCCCCCACCCCACCCCCAUCGGUGCAGCAGAAGAUGGUGAAUGGCGUCACUCCCUCCGAAGAGCUGGGGGAGCACCCCAGGGAUCCAGCCUCUGCCGGGGACACUGAAGGGACACUGAGGGAUGCUUCAGAAGUGAAGAGUCUAGACCUGCUGGCUGCCCUGCCCACGCCCCCUCACAAUCAGACUGAAGAUGUCAGGAUGGAGAGUGAUGAGGACAGUGAUUCUCCUGACAGUAUUGUACCAGCUUCAUCCCCUGAGAGCAUCCUGGGAGAGGAGGCCCCUCGUUUCCCUCAGCUGGGUUCUGGCCGGGGGGAGCAGGACAACCGGGUCCUUUCCCCUGUCAUCCCGAUCAUUCCUCGGGCCAGUAUCCCAGUCUUCCCUGAUACCAAACCAUGUGGGGCCCUGGAUGUGGAGGCUCCUGGAAAGCUGCCUGCUGCAGCUUGGGAGAGGGGCAGGAGGAGUGAGGUUUCUGUCAUGCUGACCGUCUCCGCUGCUGCAGCCAAGAAUCUAAACGGUGUGAUGGUGGCAGUGGCUGAACUAUUAAGCAUGAAGAUCCCCAACUCCUAUGAGGUGCUGUUCCCAGAGAGCCCUGCCCGUGCUGGCAUGGAGCCUAAGAAGGGGGAAGCCGAGGGCCCUGGUGGGAAAGAAAAAAAUCCAAGCAGCAAGACCUCAGACUGUGGCCCUGAUUGGCUGAAACAGUUUGAUGCAGUAUUGCCUGGUUACACUCUCAAAAGCCAGCUAGACAUCUUGAGCCUCCUGAAACAGGAGAGCCCUGCCCCAGAGCUGCCCACACAGCACAGCUACACCUACAGCGUCUCCAAUUUGGAUGUGCGACAGCUCUCGGCCCCACCUCCGGAAGAACCCUCCCCACCCCCGUCCCCAUUGGCGCCCUCUCCUGCCAGCCCUCCUGCCGAUCCGCUAGUUGAACUUCCCGUUGAACCCUUAGCUGAGCCACCAGUGCCCUCACCCUUGCCAUUGGCCUCAUCUCCUGAAUCGGCGCGUCCCAAGGCCCGCGCCCGGCCUUCUGAAGAAGGUGAAGAUUCCCGGCCCCCUCUCCUCAAGAAGUGGAAGGGGGUGCGCUGGAAGCGGCUGCGGCUGCUGCUAACCAUCCAGAAGGGCAGCGGGCGGCAGGAGGAUGAGCGGGAAGUGGCAGAGUUUAUGGAGCAGCUUGGCACAGCGUUGCGGCCUGACAAGGUGCCCCGAGAUAUGCGGCGCUGCUGCUUCUGUCACGAGGAGGGUGACGGAGCCACGGACGGGCCUGCCCGCCUGUUGAACUUGGACCUAGACCUGUGGGUGCACCUCAACUGUGCUCUGUGGUCCACGGAGGUGUACGAGACCCAGGGCGGGGCACUGAUGAACGUGGAGGUUGCCCUGCACCGAGGACUGCUUACCAAGUGCUCCCUGUGCCAGAGAACCGGCGCCACCAGCAGCUGCAAUCGCAUGCGUUGCCCUAGCGUCUACCAUUUUGCCUGCGCCAUCCGCGCCAAGUGCAUGUUCUUCAAGGACAAGACCAUGCUGUGUCCGAUGCAUAAGGUCAAGGGGCCCUGUGAGCAGGAGCUGUGUUCCUUUGCUGUCUUCCGACGGGUCUACAUUGAGAGGGAUGAAGUGAAGCAGAUUGCCAGCAUCAUCCAGCGGGGAGAGCGGCUGCACAUGUUCCGUGUGGGCGGCCUCGUGUUCCACGCCAUCGGGCAGCUCCUCCCUCACCAGAUGGCAGACUUCCACAGUGCCACUGCCCUCUAUCCUGUGGGCUACGAGGCCACCCGCAUCUACUGGAGCCUCCGGACCAACAAUCGCCGCUGCAGCUAUCGGUGCUCCAUCGGCGAGAGCAAUGGGCGGCCGGAGUUCAUCGUCAGAGUCAUGGAGCAGGGCUUGGAAGACCUGGUUUUCACUGACGCUUCUCCACAAGCUGUGUGGAAUCGCAUCAUAGAACCCGUGGCUGCCAUGAGAAAAGAGGCCGACAUGCUGCGCCUCUUCCCGGAGUACCUGAAGGGCGAGGAGCUCUUUGGCCUGACGGUGCAUGCUGUACUGCGCAUAGCUGAAUCACUGCCUGGGGUAGAGAACUGUCAGAACUAUUUAUUCCGCUAUGGGCGCCACCCCCUGAUGGAACUGCCACUCAUGAUCAACCCCACUGGCUGUGCCCGAUCGGAGCCCAAAAUUCUCACACACUACAAACGGCCCCAUACCCUGAACAGCACCAGCAUGUCUAAGGCAUAUCAGAGCACCUUCACAGGCGAAACCAACACCCCGUACAGCAAGCAGUUCGUGCACUCCAAGUCAUCUCAGUACCGGCGCCUGCGUACCGAGUGGAAGAACAACGUGUACCUGGCUCGUUCCCGCAUCCAGGGCCUGGGGCUGUAUGCGGCCAAGGACCUAGAAAAGCACACAAUGGUCAUCGAGUAUAUUGGCACCAUCAUUCGCAAUGAGGUGGCAAACAGGCGAGAGAAAAUCUAUGAGGAGCAGAACCGAGGUAUUUACAUGUUCCGAAUAAACAAUGAACAUGUGAUUGACGCUACAUUGACUGGAGGACCUGCCAGGUACAUUAACCAUUCAUGUGCUCCUAACUGUGUGGCGGAAGUUGUGACCUUUGACAAGGAAGACAAAAUCAUUAUCAUCUCCAGCCGGCGAAUCCCCAAAGGAGAGGAGCUGACCUAUGACUAUCAGUUUGAUUUUGAGGACGAUCAGCACAAGAUCCCCUGUCACUGUGGAGCCUGGAAUUGUCGGAAGUGGAUGAACUAAGAAGCUUUGAGGCUACCAGGCAGGGGAGUUCCCCCAACCCCGACCUCUUCCCUGAAAGGGAUAAGAGGGAAGAGACGUAGCAGCCAGAGCCAGGACCCAGGGUUGGGGCUACCGGCUGACCGGAGCCCCUGGCGCAGGAGGCUGGGGCAGAGGGCCCUAGGCCACGUCCGCCCCGGGCACCAGGGACAGCCUCUUCCCCGCCAUCGGCCCCAGGCUGGCAUCUGUGCCCCCAGCUCCAGGAGGGGCUAGACGGAAGCAGCCGUUGGGUAUCUCAGGUUUGAAGGGGCUAUGGGCCGGUAACUACCCAGAGGCAUCUGGGAGGCAGCAGCGGGGAGGAUGUGUGGCCGGGCACAGCCCUGCCGCUCCCACUGACCUCUCUGGCCCAGUUCAAGGCUGCAAAGAGACUUGACUAAGCUUGACAAUCCCAAAGGCCGGGUCCCACACCUGGCCCUGCCUGCCGGGUCCUGCCCCCACCCUCACCUCCAUCCCUUUCCCUCUCAAUCUGUCUCUGUCUCCCUCUUCUCCUCUGUGUUUCUGUCUCUCUAUGGGUUGUGUUUCCUUGUUUUCCACUCUGACAAAUGCAACAUGAACGGGAAAGAGGCAUCAAGCUGCCCGGGAGGGCAAGCUGGGCGAGCCGGGCAAGGAGACCCCGCACCCACACCUACCUCAUUUAAGUGUUGGAUUUUUUGCUGUUUUGAAAUGUGAGACCCUCUCCAAGCCCCCUACUGCCCCAACCCUCUCCCCCACCUCACUGCCCUCUUCUGAGUGGGUGGAAGGGGGGGUAGGAAGAGGAAGAAAAAACAACAACAAAAAAUCCAUCUUUGUUUUUAAUUAUGGGCAUGGGAUGGUGGUUGAAGCAAGUGGUGAUGAAGAUUGGGGAUGACUGGCCCCUGGUUUCUCUCAAACUUCCUUCUCCAUCUGGACAUGGGGCAGGAGGAGUGUGCUAUACCUAGGACCAGGAUCUCUCCCUCCUGUUUUCCCAACCUCAUCAGGAGCCCAUUUGCCCUCCAGCCCCUGGAAUGGGGUGGGCAGGGUGGGUAAGGGCUGUCCCUGAGGGGUGCCCAUACCCAGUGAGGCAGGGUGUGGCCCGGAGCUCCCACUUUUCCCUCGGUCACCAAACUGCUGCUGGUCUGGU